AUGCUUCCAACUCCAUCAACGUCUCACGUGGCAUUUGAAAGGAUUUACGAGCCCGCGGAAGAUUCUUACUUGCUGCUCGACACGUUAUCUUGCGAGGCUGAGAAAGCAUUCCUACAUGAUCGUUUCCACAAAACUCCGCCCGGAAGUACCGAAAACAUCCGCGCGUCUAACUCGCCACUGGUACUUGAGAUUGGAACGGGUUCUGGGGUUGUCAUCUCUUUUGUCAAUGCCCACGCGGAGACAAUAUUUGGGCGGAGUGAUAUUAUCACUCUUGGCGUAGACGUGAACCGAUUUGCUUGCAAGGCUACAGGACAGACGGUAGAGAUGGCACAAAAAGAAAAAGUUGUGCAGGAAAAGUUACAUGGGUUCCAUUUGGGUAAUAUCCUUGGAGACCUCACACGGGCUUUAAAGUCUGAACAGGUUGACAUCUUGAUCUUCAACCCUCCAUAUGUUCCGACUUCAGAACUGCCUCAGAUGCCAAUGGAAUGUGCUUCCCAGGUAGCCACGUAUAACGACGACUCGAAGCUACUUUCUCUAUCCUAUGCUGGAGGGCUAGACGGUAUGGAGACAACUCACCGGCUGCUGGACAACUUGGGCGAUGUCUUAUGUAGGACACGAGGAUGCGCUUAUAUCCUCCUCUGUGCUCAAAAUAAACCCGAGACUGUCAAAGAAGGAAUCAGAAAGUGGGGGCCUGGGUGGGCAGCUGAAACAGUUGGAAGCAGUGGAAGGAAGGCCGGUUGGGAGAAGCUUCAAGUUAUCAGGAUCUGGCGUACCAAAGAAUUAACAUGA